AAUUUGUAAAAAUACUAAAUUUCAGGGAUCAAAUAAUAAUUAUCUUCACACUGUACAGUAUUAGUAUUUACAAUAUGGGGCCUAAGUUAUACAAUAUAUACCGGGUAAGCCUCAGCUACUUUCCCUUUUUACCAUACAACACACAUUUCUACCCCCAACAAGAAGAAUUCUCAGCCAACACGUCUCUUCUUCCUCCAUCGUCACCAUUUAUACAAUCUCACUGUAAGUUCUGAUCAAUUCCCAAAUUUAAACAAUGUCUGAAUUGAGUACUACUUCUCCUGCAUACGUAAUGAGUUUCGGAAAGAAAGAGCACGAUUUCCUGAAGGAGAUCGGGCUCGGGCCGCGGAACUUGGGUUGUUACGUUAAUGGCGUUUGGCAAGGGAAUGGGCCCGUUGUUUCUACUAUGAAUCCUGUUGAUAAUCAGCCAAUUGCUGAAGUUGCUGAAGCAUCUAUUCAAGACUAUGAGGAAGGCAUGCAAGCAUGUGCCCAUGCUGCAAAAAUAUGGAUGCAGAUUCCGACACCAAAGAGAGGUGAAAUCGUGAGGCAGAUUGGUGAUUCGUUGAGAACCAAGAUUCAUCACCUUGGUCGGCUUGUUUCUCUUGAAAUGGGAAAAAUACUAGCAGAAGGAAUUGGGGAAGUUCAGGAAAUAGUUGAUAUGUGUGAUUUUGCGGUGGGAUUAAGUCGUCAGCUGAAUGGAUCCGUUAUCCCUUCUGAACGACCGAAUCAUAUGAUGUUGGAGAUGUGGAAUCCUUUAGGGAUAGUUGGUGUUAUUACAGCUUUCAACUUCCCUUGCGCAGUUCUUGGUGAGAUGGAACUAGUUUGUGGAAACUGUGUCGUCUGGAAGGGUGCUCCAACGACACCUCUGAUUACCAUAGCUAUGACAAAAAUAAUUGCUGGAGUAUUGGAGAAAAACAAUUUACCGGGGGCAAUUUUCACGGCAUUCUGUGGUGGUGCUGAAAUCGGUCAAGCUAUAGCAAAAGAUCCACGCAUUCCUCUAGUUUCGUUCACCGGGAGUUCACAGGUGGGUCUAAUGGUCCAGCAAACAGUGAAUCAAAGAUACGGCAAAUGCCUUCUUGAAUUAAGUGGAAACAAUGCUAUAAUAGUGAUGGACGAUGCCGAUAUCGAACUUGCUGUUCGCUCCGUUUUAUUUGCCGCUGUCGGUACUGCUGGUCAACGGUGCACCACAUGCCGUAGACUGCUUCUUCACGAGAGUGUUUAUCAGAAAGUACUUGACCGGUUAGCCGAAGUAUACGGACAAGUCAAAGUAGGAAAUCCUUUGGAGAAGGGUACCUUAAUCGGGCCUCUGCACACUCGUGCUUCGCGCGAGAAUUUCGCAAAGGGAAUUGAAAUAAUCAAGUCUCAGGGAGGAAAGAUUGUUGCAGGCGGGAGUGUUAUAGAGUCGGAAGGAAAUUACGUCCAGCCCACCAUAGUUGAAAUUUCAACGAGCGCCGAAGUUGUUAAGCAAGAGUUAUUUGGUCCAGUUCUUUACGUCAUGAAGUUUAAGACGUUGAACGAAGCGAUUGAAAUAAACAACUCUGUACCUCAAGGACUUAGUAGCUCCAUUUUCACCCGUCGGCCUGAAAUCAUUUUCAAAUGGAUCGGUUCUCAAGGAAGUGAUUGUGGUAUCGUAAACGUAAAUAUUCCGACCAACGGAGCUGAAAUUGGCGGUGCUUUUGGCGGUGAGAAAGCUACCGGAGGCGGCCGUGAAGCUGGGAGCGAUUCUUGGAAGCAAUAUAUGAGGCGAUCGACUUGCACUAUCAAUUAUGGGAGUGAGCUUCCUCUUGCUCAAGGAAUUAACUUUGGGUAAUAAAAUAAGAUAAAAUACGACGAGCAAUAAACCUCGGCGAGUGAAGUAACCGGAGAUUUUUCGCUGGUAUGUUUUGCUAGUUCCAACUUUGCUCUCGGCAUGUAAUAAUAAUUUUGAAUUCUAAACCACCAUUUAAGUUUGUUUCUUUUCUUGAAUAAUUAUUUGAUUUUAAUUUAAUUGGAGUUCGUUCAAAAUGAUUGGGAUAAAUAAAACUGUGAUUGGGACUC